UCUCCUCGCCUCCCCACGGAGCCCAGAUCCCGCCUGUAGGCAAACUGCGGCGCCGCGCCGGACCGCUACCCGGCAGCCCACUGGGCCUAACGGCACGUGACUCCCGCCGCUGCCGCCGCCGCCGGCGCUGGGAAGGCCAGCGGCGACGGUGUCGCAAAAGCGUCGUGACGGCUUCCGUUCUUGGCGGCCCAGGCCACUGGUAUAACCGAACGUGCUGAGGCUUGAGAACCAGUAUGGAGGCUGUCGAGGUUCUCCGGUGUUGCUGGGAUUCGAUGGGGAAGCUACUCGCCGGUGCCCCGGGCUGCUGAGCUCUCGCCGCCUGCGUCCCCGCGGCUCGCCCGCAGGGCCAUGCUGGCCUCGCGGGUGGCGCGCACCUCGUGGGGUGCCUUGCGCGUAGCCGUGUGGGCGCCGGGAGCGCGGCCGGGCAAGGGGCGCGCCCGCGGGGCCUUGUUGCCGCCAGUGCCAUGCUGCCUGGGGUGCCUGGCGGAGCGCUGGUGGCUGCGCCCGGCUGCGCUCGGCCUGCGGCUGCCUGGGGCCAGCCCGCGGGCCCACUGCUCGGGCUCGGGGAAGGCAGCCCCCGGGCCCGCAGCGGAAGAAGAUGCCGCCACCAAGGCCCGGGGCGGCCGGUGGGACCCGGCGAGCGCCGCCAGCCUGUAUGAAAACCCAUGGACAAUCCCAAAUAUGUUGUCAAUGACGAGAAUUGGCUUGGCCCCAGUUUUGGGCUAUUUGAUUAUUGAAGAAGAUUUUAAUAUUGCACUAGGAGUUUUUGCCUUAGCUGGGCUAACUGAUUUGUUGGAUGGAUUUAUUGCUCGAAACUGGGCCAGUCAAAAAUCAGCUUUGGGAAGUGCUCUUGAUCCACUUGCUGAUAAAAUACUUAUCAGUAUCUUAUAUGUUAGCUUGACCUAUGCAGAUCUUAUUCCAGUUCCACUUACUUAUAUGAUAAUUUCAAGAGAUAUAAUGUUGAUUGCUGCUGUUUUUUAUGUCAGAUAUCGAACUCUUCCAACACCGAGAACACUUUCUAAGUAUUUCAAUCCUUGUUAUGCCACUGCUAGGUUAAAGCCAACCUUCAUCAGCAAGGUUAACACAGCAGUCCAGUUAAUCUUGGUGGCAGCUUCUUUGGCAGCUCCGGUUUUCAAUUAUGCUGACAGCAUUUAUCUUCAGAUCCUGUGGUGUCUUACAGCUUUUACCACAGCUGCAUCAGCUUACAGUUAUUAUCAUUAUGGUCGGAAAACUGUUCAGGUGAUAAAAGGCAGAUGAAAGUCAUCCAUCAUCAUUAGCAAGGAAGCAAUGUACAUCAUCGGCGGCAGGGCCAGUGGAAAUCUACGGGAGUUUCCUUUUUUGGUGUUCAGCUUGAAAAAGGACUUGUCAGAACAAACCAUGUCAUCAAAAUUUAAGUAAUAUGCAUUGAAAAUAAGCUUGAUCAUGGGCAUAUGCAGAAUUUCCAGUGUAUUUUUAAAUACAAGUAAAACUAUAAUUUAGAUUUUUUUUUUUUUUUUUUUUUUUUUGGCGGUAUGCGGGCCUCUCACUGCUGUGGCCUCUCCCGUUGCGGAGCACAGGCUCCGGACACGCAGGCCCAGCGGCCAUGGCCCACGGGCCCAGCCGCUCCACGGCAUGUGGGAUCCUCCCGGACCAGGGCACAAACCCGUGUCCCCUGCACUGGCAGGCAGACUCCCAACCACUGCGCCACCAGGGAAGCCCCUAGAUUUUUUUAUCUUAGGUUUCUUGAUUAAUUUAUAAGUAGCAAUUAUUCCAAUUAUUGUCAGUCAUUUUUUGAUACGUAAAACAAAAAACAGUCUAGAGCAUGGAAACUGAAGAGUUGUCACUUUAAUAGAAUGUAGAUUGCUCACAAAGCACUAGAGAAUUUCCUGGGUUUAAAUACACAUCCUGUACAACUUGGCUGCACAGUUGUUUGUUUGACUUUUAGAGCUGUGCACACAUUAACAGUACAUGUGGUUAAUAUUUGAUUGUUUCAGAUAGUGACUAUAAAGGUAGCUUAGUUGUGGAUGAAGUAAACUUGUAAAGAGAUUUAAAAUGAAGUAAAUUUUGAAAAUAAUAAAUAAGAUCAAAAUAGAAGGUACUGAAGUUCAUGUUCAGAAGUCUUCCAACCUCUCAGGUGCCUAAUAGUUUAUGCAUCAGGAUAAUAAGUGACAAAGGUAGUUGGAAAAUGAAAACAUGUCUGUUACCCUAGCCAUCCAAGAGGCAGUGAGUUACAUCAUGCCUUCCCACUGUAUCUCUAACAUAACAAUGUUUGUAUGAUAUUGGGACCUGUACUCAUAUGUUAUGUAAAUAAUAUGAAAUUAUAUUUUUCAAAGGUUUUUUUAAGCUUUGGGGAAUCUUCUUUUGUUGAGAUGUUAAAGGAAUAAAAGAGCCGGAAAAAAGUGACCUUCAAUUUGGGUUGUCUGUGUUCCACGGUCGUCUGCUGUUGCAGAAGUUUUCUGAUUCAUAAAGUCCGUUCAGAUAUAUCACUUGCACUUAACAUUGUAAAAAUAAUUGGUUUGGGAUCAUCUGACUUAAAAGUCCUAUUCUUGCUACACUGUCAUGUUUAAGAGAAUGCAAGAUGCAGGGAGAGGAAGACAAGUGACUGGUGCCGGUUGCCUCCUCUUAACAGUGGAGGCCUGUUGCUGCUCAUUGUCCCGAGGUCUAACCUAAGUGUAACAUGGACUCAUACAGUGAGAUUAUCUAAACAUAGCCUAUUGAGCUGUGUUAAAAUGAGAAGUUAUAAGCAAAAUUCAUGCCUCUUGGUUGUGGCAUCCUUGGAUCAGUGUGCCCCUUGUUGCCUGCUGGUCCUGGCUUCCUUGUUCCCAGAUUAGCUGCUGAGCCAUCCUUGGCUUGGAAAACACUGAAGCCUGCAGCCAGGGACACUGCUAAGGAAUCCAGUGGAAGGGGGUGAGAGAAGGGUGGUGUGAAGCUGGCCACUCUCCCCUUUGGGAACCUCCUGUAAUGUCUCAUAGCGGCCUGGGAUGCAGUGAGGCUUGAGGUGGAAGUCCCAUUGCUGGACCACCCAAGAGGGACGUUGACCACGUCUCAGCACUAGCAAAGUAUGAGCACACAAAAAUUAUGUUUAAAAAA